AUCAGUUGCCAGCGGUGAUACGGGUUGUGAGGUGUAGGAUCACAGAGAGAUGAUCGCAAGGAUUUCAUUCUUGGCUGUGUGUCUGAUAAAUGUGAUUACGUUGCAAGUCAACGUUGAAUCUAAGGCGAUUGGAAAUGAAAUCAGUGCUGGAACUACACCCGAAGAGUUCUCUGUUGGGACCACGACGGAGGACAGCACGCAAAAGACUGCAACGGACACUGUUUCGUUGCAAGACGGAGAGCGUGUGACAUUGGCCAUUCCAGACGAGUUGUUCUCCUCAACAGGAAUCUUAAGCUUGCGGCUAAGUGAAGUCAUCGGACCGUUUAUAAUGAGAUCUGUAGCUCGUUUGGCUCAGGUGACACGUUUUAUCCAGCCACUUUUCGGCGGGAAUUUAGAGAUUAAGAUUCCAAAAGAUCUAGAUUAGUACAUUUAUUUAGCACAGUUCAACAUAUUUAUUAAAUAUCUUAAUAAAACGAGACUUACAUCGACAACGUGUAAAAUAUGUAAAACAAAUCUUACUUUCUAGAACUAGUUAACAAAUAGUUCUUACGAUACAAUAGCACCCAAACCCACAAUAAUCUCAAAUCUCAUUCGUUUCCACUGGGGUCGGCGUCGGAAUUUGUAUGUACAAAGAUUGUCCGAAUAGAGGCUGGAAAAGCUGCAGGAAGCGUGCCGACCGGAUCGCGCUGUUCUGAAAGCACACAAACAAACCACCCGCAAUUAUCGACUAAUACACACUUUAGCUUCAAAAAGGUACCAUUAUCAGAUCGCCGACCAUUCUCGCCACCGUCAGCACCAGUGACGAUGCACUUCCGAACAGUUUCCCCGGUAGUUUUAGCAUAAUCUUGUCCUCUGGGUCGAAGCUAACAGCAUUCUCGCUCAACGCUUCGUCGUCGGAAGCUUGGCGUGCUUUCUUCUCGCUGGUGCGUGGUUUCGUCGUGCGUGAAUGGAGAGGAUCUUGGAAGUAGAUUGAGUUUGUGGCAAUUAGAUGUUCGGCUCGCUGCUUUCGCUUCAUUCGUCUGACAUCCGCACUGUAGGAGUCCUGGAACGGAAAGUAUCAAUUAGGUUUUGUGAAAUGGAUGCAAUAUUACAGAAAUCAUUAUUGUACGUUAUAGAAAUAC